CAUCCGAGUCUGGUGGGUUCAGACCUGUGGCCCGGCUCUCUGCGCGUCCCCGUCCCCCUGUGGCCCUGUCCUCGGCCAUGAAGCGCAUCUUCUCCUGCUCCAGCUCACAGGUGGCGGUGGAGAGAUGGAAUCGUCGUGAUCAGAAGCUGCUGGAGGCAGUACAGCAGGGGGAUGUGGGACGCGUGGCUGCCCUGGCGUCUCGGAAGUCAGCCCGGCCCACUAAACUAGACUCCAAUGGCCAGUCCCCAUUUCAUCUGGCAGCCUCCAAAGGCCUGACAGAGUGUCUGACUAUCCUGCUUGCAAACGGGGCUGACAUCAAUAGCAAGAAUGAGGAUGGAAGCACUGCCUUGCACUUGGCCACCAUCUCCUGUCAGCCACAGUGUGUCAAGGUCCUACUUCAGCAUGGUGCUAAUGAAGAUGCUGUGGAUGCAGAAAACCGUAGUCCAUUGCACUGGGCAGCCUCCUCUGGCUGUGCCUCAAGUGUGCUCCUGCUGUGUGACCAUGAAGCCUUCCUGGACGUGUUGGAUAAUGAUGGACGCACACCCCUGAUGAUUGCAUCGCUGGGUGGUCACACAGCAAUCUGCUCACAGUUGCUACAGAGAGGUGCCCGAGUCAAUGUUACAGACAAGGAUGACAAGUCGGCUUUGAUCCUGGCCUGUGAGAAAGGCAGUGCUGAGGUGGCAGAACUGCUGCUGGCCCACGGAGCAGAUGCAGGGGCAGUGGACAGAACAGGGCACGAUGCACUGCAUUAUGCUCUGCACACAAAGGACAAGGCAUUGUGGAGGCUGCUACAGCAGGCCUUGAACCGGCGGCGGAGAGGUGGUCAAAGGCUAGUUCAAUGCCCAGAUUUUGCAUCUAAGGCCUCUCCACCUGAGUCCCAGGUGGGUUCUCCACCUAAGAGCCCAUGGACAGCAGAGCCUGAGGAGGACCAGGAGGAAGAGGAAGAUGAGGACCCAUGCUCAGAGGAGUGGAAGUGGAAGUAUGAAGAGCAGCAGAAGAAAGUUUCUCAGUUGGAGCAAGAGCUGGUGCGAAAAACAGAAGAGUGUAAGACUCAAGCUGCAGCCUACCUGGGCUUGGAGAACCAAAUUCGAGAGCAAGUGCAGAAGCUAGGGCUCCUCCUCUGCCAGGAGCCUGCUGCUCCUGGAAGGCAGGACUCUAGGGUCCGUCCUGGACGGGAUGGCAUGGAACAGAAUUGUCCCCUGGACCUGCUGGCCGAGCACAUACAAGAACUAAAGAAGCAGCAGCAGGCAGCAGCCAUAGUCAACCCAACAUUAGCUUCUAAGAAAGCUGAGGAUUCAGCCCCAGGGGAGAGCCAAUAUGAAGUCCAUGGAAGGUCCCAACCAGAAGAACAGGGGCUAUUCCAGAGCCCAAGGUCUGAGACCACUGGAAAAGCCACAAGACAGCACUUGACUACUAAUGGGGGACAGACUCAUGAACCUGAUCAUAAUGAACAGUUGCCUACUGGCCAGAAGGAGAACCCCCAGGCCCCAGGAGUGGAAGUAGCAGGCACAGUGGUUGAAACAGUGGGCAUAGCAGCCAUGAACCAGCUUCUGCUACAACUAAGGGAGGAGCUGGCUGCAGUUUGGCGGGAAAAGGAUGCUGCCCGGGGUGCUAUGUCAAGACCAAUCCUGGAGGGAGCCCUGGGGACUCCCCUGGCUGAGGCUGCAGCAGCUGCCUGGGAGAAGAUGGAAGCCCGGUUGGAGCGGGUGCUGGUGAGGUUGGAUAGGGCAAAGACAGGACUACAGGUGAAACCUGCCCAGGAGUCCAGAGAGGGAGCCCCAAAGGCAGUCCUAGGGACCAUCAAAGAGGAUGAAGGGAAGGAGAAGAGGUCUCCUGGCUCUCGAGGAGAGCCUCUUGGGGUCCCUGGAAGAGAACAGACUCCAGGAGGAGGCUUGGCAAAGGGUCACCUGGAGAAGGAAGUGUCAGCACUGAGACUGAGCAACAGCAACUUGAUGGAGGAGUUGGGGGAGCUGGGACGCGAGCGGCAGAGGCUGCAGCGGGAGCUGCAGUCACUGAGCCAGCGGCUACAGCGAGAGUUUGAGCCCAAGCCAGAGGCGCAGGUCCAGCUGCAGCAGUUGCAGCGGAGUGUGGGGCUACUGACUGAAGAACUGGCCGUGGAGAAGGAGGUCACAGAGAAGCUGCGGAAGCGCCUGGCCUCCCAGACCAGCGGCCUUCGAGGGCUGUGGGACUGCCUGCCCCCAGACCUGGUGGGCAAGGGGAGUGAGUGGAGCACAGCGGCCCAGCCCCUGGAGGAGCUGCAGGCCUGCGUCGGGGCCCUGGUGGACCGGCAUCGAGAGGCCCAGCAGAUGCUGGCUCGGCUGAAAGAGGAGAACCAGCAGCUGCGGGGGUCCCUGGCCCCGCAUGGGGAGCCAGGUGCCUGCUCAAAGCCCCCAGGACCCCCACAAGUGGCUGCUCUGGAGCAAGACCUACGGAAGCUGGAGGAAGAGCUGCGCGUGGUUCAGGCCACAAUGAGCGGAAAGAGCCAGGAGAUCGGGAAGCUCAAGCAGCUGCUGUAUCAGGCCACAGAGGAGGUGGCAGAGCUGAGGGCUCGAGAGGCGGCCAGCCUGCGGCAGCACGAGAAAACUCGGGGCUCGCUGGUGGCCCAGUCCCAGGCUUGGGGUCAGGAGCUGAAGACUGUGCUGGAAAAAUACAACACAGCCUGCCAGGAAAUGGGUCGGCUGCGGGAGGUUGUGGCGGAGGAGCGACGUAGGAAUAGGGACCUGGCGGCACAGGCCGCCGAGCAGGAGGGACAGGCCAGGGAGAUGCGCGGGCGAUCUGAGCAGUUCGAGAAAACAGCUGAGCUGCUGAAAGAGAAGAUGGAGCAUCUGAUUGGGGCUUGCCGAGACAAGGAGGCCAAGAUUAAGGAGUUGUUGAAAAAGUUGGAGCAGCUUUCAGAGGAGGUUCUAGCCGUCCGGGGAGAAAAUGCCUGCCUUGCCCUACAGUUGCAGGGCUACAUGGAACAGGAUGUAUACAAUAUCCUACUCCGAAUCCUCAGCACGCAGGAGGAGUGAGGCAGCCUAAUGGUGUGCCCUCAGGGAUACUGGAUUUCUCUGUUGUGAGUUGUGGGUUGAAGGUAAUGAGGGAAGGAGCUUGGGAGAAAGGAUUUGGGAAAGGAGGUUUACAGAAGGAAAUUAGUUCCCUUUACCCUUGUGGUGACAGACACUGGGGAAUCCUGUGGGGUAUAGAGCAUUCAAGGUGAGGUCCAAUGAGAAGAUACGAUGUGGAGAGUCACUAGAUGGAGUCAGGAAACCGUGAGCAGGUGGAUUUAGGGGGUGACUUAUGAGAUGGAGACUGAAAUGAAGGGUUGAGUGACUCUUCUAAGGUCUGAGGUAGGGAGAGGCCAAUACAAGAUGAGUGAUGAUGGGACAGUGGUGCAAAGUUUUUCCCUAGAGCAGCACUCUACAAGUUCCAGGAUCUCUUCUUUACCGUUAUACCAAUCAUUCAAAGAGCAGUCAUCCCUCAAUCUUUUCCCCACGCUCAUAGAGAUGGUCCUCUUCUUUAGUUCCAGAUAGAUGAGGGUCCCCUUUAGCAUACUGACAUGGGUGGGAGGAGAUGAGGAUACGGAAAUGUGUGCAUUUUUCAUCCUUGAAUUUCUUCUUUCAGGGAAUAAAAGCAUCCCUGGUUGACAGGCUGCAUUAGGCUGUGGUGGUGGUGGUGGUGGGUUGGCCAUUGAGGAGUGGUAUGGGCGGGGCUUCACUUGACAUUAUGGACCCAGACCUGAGAAGCUGGACCCUGGCUUUGGCAUGGAAGAGAACAGAGGAGGUGUGGAUGGAAACAAGAUCUGUGGGAAAUAAAACAGGAGGCAGGA